AAAGCAGUGAAUAGUAUUGAUCCAGUGACCUCAACGGGUGAACUUGCUCUAAGGAUAAUACUAUUAGUUCCCAAAAAUUAUACGAGGACCAUAACUUCGCAAACAAACCCUAACUUGAUUGAGUAAUAAACUAGACAAAAACAAAACCCCAAAAUAAUGAGAAGUAAGCUGUCGAGGUAAACAGACCGUUGGUAUGCGGGCACAAAGCCAAAAUUUGGGCCGGGUCAAUACACAAAACUGUUAAGGCCCAAAGGUGGUGGUGAAAAUACUGAAUUGCCAUUGUCGGACUGUCCUCCUCAAACACCCCACUUCCUUCUCGAGCCACUGCAGACCACUCCGACCGUCGACGACCCACUUCAGCCACUGAACGCCUUCUGGAUUGCAGGGCCCUUAGAACAGCUGCAGUUUUCAUGAAUCUAAGGAGAGUUCAUUUUAGUUGGUGCCAUUGGUUCGCUUCCUCUCCUUCGACAAUCUCAUCGUCUGUUUCAUGGGUCUCUCCUGUUAAGUUAUCAAAAUUCAAUGCUCACAAACCAGAUCCCCCUCCCGAAACCACAAUUACAAGGACAGAAGCUAGGAGGAGAUCCAAAUAUAUAUCUCACGAUGCUGCCAUCAACUUAAUCAAGCGUGAGAGAGAUCCACAGCAUGCCUUGGAAAUAUUUAACAUGGUUUCGGAGCAAAAGGGUUUCAACCACAAUAAUGCCACCUUUGCAACUAUCCUCAAUAAGCUUGCUCAGAACAAGAAGUUCAAGGCUGUUGAUGCAGUUCUCUAUCAAAUGAAGUACGAUACCUGCAAAUAUCAUGAGGGUAUAUUCCUUAAUCUCAUGAAGCAUUUUUCAAAAUCAUCUAUGCAUGAAAGAGUACUUGAAAUGUUUUAUGCUAUCCAGCCAGUAGUUCGGGAAAAGCCAUCUCUCAAAUGCAUUAGUACUUGUUUAAAUCUACUGAUUGAAGCGAAUCAGGUUGAUUUGGCCCAACAGUUUCUCAUGCAUUUGAAGAAGAGUCUUAACUUGAGGCUGAAUACAUGCAUUGUCAACAUCUUGGUUAAGCACCAUUGCACAAAUGGGGAUCUUGAAUCUGCCUUUGAGGUUGUGAAGGAAAUGAAAAAGUCUAAGCUUUCCUAUCCUAAUUUGAUUACUUACUCGACUCUAAUUGAUGGUUUAUGUCAAAGUGGAAGACUGACAGAAGCAAUGGACCUGUUUGAGGAAAUGAUCUCAAAGGAUCAGAUAUUGCCUGAUGUGCUAACGUACAACAUUUUGAUUAAUGGUUUUUGCCGUGGUGGGAAAGUUAAUAGGGCAAGGAAGAUAUUGGAUUUUAUGAAGAGCAAAGGAUGCAACCCAAAUGUAUUCAAUUACUCAGCUCUGAUGAAUGGAUUCUGUAAGGAGGAAAGAUUGGAGGAGGCCAAGGAGCUUUUGGAUGAAAUGAAGAGCUUUGGUAUCAAACCAGAUACAGUUGUCUACACUACUUUAAUUGAUUGCUACUGUAGGACUGGGAGAGUUGAUGAAGCGAUAGAGUUGCUCAAAGAGAUGAAAGAAAGACGGUGCAAAGCUGAUACUGUGACUUUCAAUGUGAUACUUGGAGGACUAUGUAGAGAAGGCAGAAUUGAGGAUGCGCUUGAGAUGCUGGACAAACUUCCUUAUGAGGGUAUCUAUCUGAAUAAGGGAAGCUACAGGAUUGUGUUGAAUUCCUUGUGUCAGAAAGGCGAACUAAACAAAGCUAAAGAGUUGUUGAGAUUGAUGAUGGGUAGGGGGUUUGUACCACAUUAUGCAACUUCAAACGAGUUGCUAGUUAGCCUUUGUGAGGCUGGAAUGGCAGAUGAUGCAACUAUGGCUUUAUUUGGAUUGGUGGAGUUGGGUUUCAAACCACUGCCUGAUUCCUGGGCUCUUUUUGUUGAAUCAAUUUGCAGAGAAAGAAAGCUGCUGCCUGCAUUUGAACUGCUCGAUGAAUUAGUUAAUGAAGAGUUUGAUUAACCCCAAUAUGGAUUUAAGAUGCAACAGAAACUUCAAUGGUUGGCUUGCAAAACUCACAGAUGAAAUUACGGAUUCUUCAAGAGAAAAACUAUGGGAUGAAAAUGCGUUCUGAUCGGCUUUGCGACCUUGAUUUACUCCAUUCUGGUGAGAGGGGAAAGGGUCAUACAUUAUGAUAUGAAGGCACAGAAAUUCGGUCCCUGGCACAUAAGUGGAAUUGGAGGGAUAUUAACAUGCUAGAGAAGUAUAGACAGAAACACGAUAUUCAUGAAAACCCAUCUGAUGGUCUCUCAUGCUAUCUUGACCUAGUUCGUCUGACAUUACAGGAGGAAAGCUCAUUUUAGGCCAGUUUUGGAGGUUAAGCUAAGCUUGAUGUUGUUGGCAAGAAAUUAGUGUAGAAAUGGAAAAUGCACUCUUUACCAUGAACCAUGUACUUUGUAAUGUUCUUUUAUACUAGAAAGCAACAAGUUUUUG